AUGAAACAACAGCUACGUCAAAUGUUUAAACAACAGCUGCACGAUGUUGAAGAUGACAAAGAAGCAGCCAGAAAUGGAAUAAACUGGCCCAAGAAGUCUGGGAUAAAACAUUGGUGGCUUGUGGCUGCAUCUGAGAGCCAAGACAGUGAGGAAUCUCAGGAAUGGAAUGGUUGUGCCUCACCGGCGGUCUUCAGUGCCCAAGUUACGGCUGACAUUACUGAAAAGAGGCCUUUGACUGUAGAACAGCGAGCAGAUCAAAUGGACAAUGCACCAGAUUGGCCAGACCCUUUUGAAGGGGUGCUGUUUGAAGUGCCUAAUGACCUACAGGUAGAGCAAGCUGAGACGGAAAGCAAGGACAACGGAGAAAGUACCCUGGAUGAAGUUCCAGAAGCAAUUGGGAAGCCCAAAACCAGGCCAGGCAUAAUUUUAGAAGAGGGCAGAGACAAGCCAAGAAGUCUCUAG